UUGAAGUGACUUUUUCCCUCCAGUUAGGAGUGACCCAUUCCUUCAAUGUCUGCACGGUAUUUCGAAUUGCAGUCGACAUGAACGAAGAUAAGCAUGCAAUCACUGAUGAGCUUUUGAUGCUGAGCCUUCAAAUCAUGUGCCUUCUUACUGGAGAGGAUUACACAGUUGUAAAGAAGCAUGGGGAGCCUGUCAUGGACAGUGAAAACCCCUCUGCAUCCGACGAAACUUCUACUAGCAUAGACAUCCCCAGCAUAAACCUGGAGAACAAGCUCAUGGUAGAGAAGCUGGUUGACAUCGCCUAUAAAAUAAGAUAUGAGCUUGAAGAGUUUUCUGAAACAUCAGGUCUCCUGGAGGAAACAUGCGAGGGUAACACUCAGCCUAAGGAUAUAUCUGAACAUCUAACUAACUUAUUCAACUUGGUGAACAAGAUGACCAAAGAUAAAAACCAGAUGAUCGGAAAUAUUGUGACUCACACCCUGGAACUUCUUUAUCUCUUGAUUGGAGAGGAUCAUAUUGUUGUAAAAAAGUAUGCUAAAGUCACAAACAACAAUCCUGCAUCUGAAGACGAUCGUAACUCAAUGCUAAGCGAAAGAAGCAAAGUGAAGAAGAUCUUGGAAUUUACUAAUAAAAUAAUUAAAUUAGUUACUGGAAAGAUUACAGUAAAAACUGAAGAUGCUGAAGUAUAUUCCACCAUGGAGGAGUAUUUAAAAGGUUAUAGGGAGUUUUUUAAGGAUGUGACAAUGGACCGUGAACAUAAUCGGGAAACUGUUGGCAGACCUGUCAUCCAGAAUCAUGUUAAUGAAUCAAGCACCAGUGUUAUCAGCAUGAAUUCUGUCAAAAAAGAAAAUGUAAACCAUCAGUCUGAUGUGGAUUCAAAUAUUCCAUUGCAAGCUAAAAUCAGUAAGAGAAAAAGUAAGCCCAUGAGAAUCAUAUCCAAUGAAUUUCCUUCACGUAAAAGGAAGUGUCUCACAGACCCGACCAUUUAUUCUCUGAAACAGCAAGACACAAUAAAUGGACCUGACAAUGACUGUGGCCAGGAAAGCAGCCAUAUACAAAGAACUGAUGAUGACGUCACAACAGAGGAUUCCAAACUGGGAAAGGAGGAUAGGGGCUUGGAUGGUGAAUUGGAUGGGGCUGAUAUCAUUCAAACCAUAAUAAAGGAUGACCAUAAGCUGGCCUACUCUGAACAUUCUGAUGCUUGCCAAUCAGAUCCCGCUCUCCAUUCAACAAGAGAAAAGCCGUACGAAUGCACUGUGUGUAGCAAAUAUUUUGCCAAAAAGUCCCAUCUUCAGUCUCACAGACGAGUUCACUCUGGAAUUAGACCAUUCGCCUGUUUGGAUUGUGGAAAGCGCUUUACCAGUAACUCUACUCUUGUGGACCAUCAAAGGAUUCAUACAGGAGAAAAGCCAUUCGUCUGUUCAGAAUGCGGAAGGAGCUUUACUAAGAACUCUAACCUCAUUGACCAUCAGCGGACUCACACAGGAGAAAAGCCUUUUGCCUGUACAGCCUGUGGUAAAUGCUUUGCCAGGAGCUCCAACCUGGUAGAGCAUCAUAAGACUCACACAGGAGAAAAGUCCUUUGUGUGCUCUGAAUGCGGGAAAGGCUUCUCCAGAAGCUCAACCCUUGCAGAGCACCAGAAGACUCACACGAGAGGCGAGACCUACAUCUGCUCAGAAUGUGGCCAGUGCUUCACUAAGAACUCCAGCUUGAUUAGACACCAGAGUAUUCACACCGGUCAGAAGCCAUAUAUAUGUACUGUAUGUGGAAAAGGCUUCUCCAGUAGCUCCAAUCUGGUGAGACAUCAUAUCACACAUACAGGAGAAAAACCAUUUGAAUGUCCUAUAUGUGGCAGGAAUUUCAACCAGAACUCUAAUCUUAUUUCUCAUCAGAAAACACACAAAGUCAAGACUUUUGAAGUCAAAUGACUCUCCGAACAUUUUAUGACAGCGUUGAAACACAUGAAC